AUGUCUUCAUUUUUCUCUAAAGCGGUGUCAAGUCCGCAUGCGCAACUGGCGGCAACUGCAGUGUUGUCAGGCGCCACGGUAGCAUGUUUCAUCCUUGGCUACCAAGCAUUCGAAAGAAAAGAACGAAUUCAAGAUCUCAAAAAGUCCAUCCCUUCCUCUCCCGAGGAAGCUGCCAAGCUCACUCGGUAUGGCGCCGCAUCGCCCCCAGUAGACAAGGAGGAUGCCCGCAACCAGGCCCUCGCCAGGAGAGCACAGGCCGGCGACUUUGACGAGGAACUCAUUCUCGAACAACUCGCCCGCAACAGGGUCUUCCUGAAAGACGACGGCUUGCAAAAGCUCCGCAACGCCUUCGUCGUCGUCGUCGGCUGCGGCGGCGUUGGCUCCCACUGCACCGCCGCUCUCGCCCGCUCAGGCGUCUCCAAGAUCCGCCUCAUCGACUUCGACCAGGUCACCCUCAGCUCCCUCAACCGACACGCCGUCGCCACGUUGGCAGACGUCGGUAUUCCCAAAGUCCAGUGCCUCUACCGCCGCCUCAUCGCCAUCGCCCCCUGGGCCAAGUACGAGCUCAAGAACCAAAAAUUUGAAAAGAUUGCCGCCGAUGCGCUGCUUGCGCCCUGGGCCGAGGACGGACAGAAGCCGGACUACGUCGUCGACGCGAUUGACAACAUUGAUACAAAGGUCGCUCUGCUCAAGUACUGCCACGAUCACGGCAUCCCCGUCAUCUCCUCCAUGGGAGCCGGGGCCAAGGGCGAUCCUACGCGCGUUAACGUCGGCGAUAUCGGAGCCAGCACCGACGACGGGCUUUCCAGAGCUACUCGCAGGAAGCUGAAGCUGCAGGGCGUGACGGGUGGUAUUCCUGUCGUGUACUCGACUGAGGUCGCCGGCGAGGGCAAGGCUGCUCUCUUGCCGCUCGACGAAGAAGAGUUCAAGAAGGGCCAGGUUGGCGAUCUCAGUGUUUUGCCGACUUUCAGAGUCCGCAUUCUGCCCGUGCUUGGAACAAUGCCCGCCGUCUUUGGGUACAUUGCCGCGAACCACGUCAUUCUCAGCAUUUCAGGAUACCCCCUCGAUUACGUCCCGGCCAAGAACCGCGACAAGCUCUACACAGACAUUGUAGCAUUCGUUCAAGGCUCCGAGACGAGGAUCGUCCACCACAGAUUCGGUAUCGAAGAGUCCAAGGGUCUCCGCAUCCCAGUCUCCCUCGGCGACGCCGCCUUCUUGACCGAGGAGCUGUGGAAGGGACGCAGCGCCGUCACCGGUCUCAUCAACAGACUCGUGCUGGUACGGUGGAGACGGCCCGAGGGCCAGACCAAGCUGCGCAUUGGGGAGGGCGCCGAGGAGCAGAAGUGGUCCAACAUUCGCUUCCGCGACUUGGUGUGUAUGACUAGAGACGAGGCUCUCCGCCACGAGAAGGAGUACCUUAAGAAGGACGAUACCAAGUUGGAGGACCUGUACGAUGCGGACGUGAUUACCCGGAUAGAGGCUAGGUUGAAGGAAGCUAUCGAGGUCGAGAAGGAUAGACUUUGA